ACCCAAUGUCUGUUACCAGUUUACUUCGUAGGAUUUACAAAAGGUAAUUUAGUAUAACCGUGAUUGACACUGACAGUAGACAUCGACAAGCGUGAUAUACAUGCUACGAACAGAACACGGAUACACUUUAACUGUAACCGCGCAGUUUUAGAUAAAGGAGCUAAACAUUUUUUUGUAUUACUUCAUCGUAAACCACCGGCGGUUAUCAACCAGUGCCUUCUAUCUGGGAGUUCGUGAAGAAGUGACGACGGUUUCUACACUUUUACAUUUGGUGCCUGGACUGGUCGAUUCAUUGAGUGUCUUUAUGUGACAGUUGCGCUAUUUGCCCGUUUGCUUUUCGAGAUGGCAGAAUUACCACCGCCGCAACAGUUGGUUGAUAUUGACCCGGAUUUCGAGCCGCUCUCCCGCCCCCGGUCAUGCACCUGGCCUCUGCCUCGACCGGAGUUCAUCGAACCCGCCAGCUCGAACACAUCUUCACCGGCGCCUGCAGUCAAGCAGGAGCCUGUCGAAUACAUUAGUAACCUCAGUUUGUUAGAGGAGUCAGAGGACUACCAGGAGGAUGAGAAACGGCUCGUUUUGUGCAAUGAUUUUCAAUGCCAGGAGAAAUGCAUACACCAGCAACAGCAGCAACAUCAUCCACAGCAGUUACAGAAACACCCGGGUACUCUGCUGCCACACCAGCAACAGGUGCCCCCGCUCUCGUCUCCCGUCGGGUCAAAUUCGGUGGCCGCUGCUGCCGCCGCUGCGCAGAGGAAAAGCAGCUCGUCGCGUCGGAACGCGUGGGGGAAUAUGUCCUACGCGGACCUCAUCACCAAGGCGAUAGAGAGCUCACCCGAGAAGCGACUCACCUUGUCUCAGAUCUAUGACUGGAUGGUGAAGAGCGUGCCAUAUUUUAAGGAUAAAGGAGACAGUAAUAGCUCUGCAGGUUGGAAGAACUCCAUCCGCCACAACCUGUCCCUCCACAGUCGUUUUGUUCGUGUGCAGAACGAGGGGACAGGGAAGAGCUCCUGGUGGAUGCUGAACCCCGAGGGAGGGAAGAGCGGGAAGUCCCCCCGACGUAGAGCUGCCUCCAUGGACAACAACAGCAAGUUCACCAAGAGCAGAGGACGGGCUGCAAAGAAGAAGGUGGCUCUCCAGGUGGAUGGGGGCGCAGACAGCCCGGGAGGCUUCCAGUACUCCAAGUGGCUCGGCAGCCCCAACUCCCAUAGCCACAGCAACGACGACUUUGAGGCCUGGACCACCUUCCGGACGCGCACCAGCUCCGACGCCUCCACCCUCUCUGGCCGUCGUUCUCCCUUCUUGGAACAGGAGGUCGACCUAUCAGAGGCCGACAUCCACAUGGGCUACCCCGGAGGGGUGGGGCCUAAGAUGACCUCCAUGGCCACCCUGCCUAGCCUAUCAGAGGUGGGCCUGGUCGACUCCAUGGGUGGUCAUCACCACGGUCACCACGGAACAGAGAACGUGAUGGAUAGCGUCCUUGACAACCUCAACCUGCUGUCCCCCAAGAAUCAAACCCAGCUGGGGGUAGGCGGUGGUCCUGGGUCUGGGCCUGACUCCUCCCGGUCCUCUCCCUCCUCCAAGCUUCAGAACAGCCCUUAUAGCUCCCCUUCCAUGACCCCUCACCCCCAGCCCCAACAGCAGGACUAUAGGAAGUGCCACUACGGCCAGGCCGGGCCAGGGAUGAAUAGCCCACAUCUCUCUCCCAUCCCCAUGCAGACUCUGCAAGAGAGCAAGUCGCCAGGGUCCUUCGCACCCUUCCUGAGCCAUUACAACUGCCCUGCUGGGCUACUCAAGGAGCUGUUGACCUCUGACGUAGCCGACCCUUGUUGUGGUGGGGAGGCCAUGCCCUCCAUGGAGACUGUAGUGUCCCAGUCUGGGAGAGGAAGAGGAGGGCGGAUGCUUCCCAACUACAGCAGCCAGGGGCAGGUAGGGGGGCACGGGGGGGUGAAGAUAAUGAGUCCCCCACCUCAGCAACACCCACAGCACCCUCAGUCACAUCCUCACCCUCACCCGCGGCCCCUCCACAGCCAGGGCCCUCCCCCCUCUGGGCCCUCCAUGAACAGCUGUGGCCUGAUUCCCCUGACCAGCCUGAACCACGCCGGGGGCCCAGCCCGUCUUGCUAGCCUCAGGACACACAUCCACCAGCUACAGCAGCAGCCACGUGGUGGUGGUCACCCAGCCUCAGGCCACCAAAACCACAGUCCCCACCACAGCGGAGCUCCUCCACCCAGCUACGGCAGCAGUGCUAAUGGUUAUGUGAGGCCAGGUCCAGGCCACGGCCACAGCUCUGGUCAUCCCCAGGCUCACCAUCACCACCAAUAUCACAACCAUCAUCAGGAGAGGCUGCCUAGUGAUCUAGACGACAUGUCCAUAGAGAGGUUCGAGUGUGACAUGGAGUCUGUUCUUCAUGACACGCUGAUGGACGGAGACUCGCUGGACUUCAACUUUGACCCCAUGGUAACCUCUCAGGGGUUCAGUCAGGGGGUUGGGGUGAAGACCACCACACACAGCUGGGUGUCUGGCUAGGACACACACCUCUCAGACAGAUUUUUCACCCUUCGACACUGGCCUUCAUUAAGAGAAUGGAAAGGUCUAAGGAAACCAUUGCCCCUCUCCACAGCACUAUCAUCAGCCCGUCCCAAUUCUCUCACUAUCCAUUGCAGAUCUGUAAGGUGGAAGAAAUAAUGCAUUUUGCGAAGAUCGAAGGGUAAGGGCUUAGAGAGUGAAUCGGGGCUGGCUGAGACUGUGCUUGUUUGGAGGGAACGUCUCGUCUGAAGUUGGCUUUGUAAAUACAGCAGCGCCUGACUCGGCACAAUGUCAUUCACUUCAACAGAACCUGGAAGAAGCUGGAGCCUAAUUUACAAAAAGCUUUGUUUUGUUGUGAAAUAUAUUUUGUUUUUAUUUUGUUUUUAUUGUGUUAUUAUCGUUUUUGGGCUCUCACAUGAUGUUUUUGGGCUCUCACAUGAUGUUUUUGGGCUCUCACAUGAUGUUUUUGGGCUCUCACAUGAUGUUUUUGGGCUCUCACAUGAUGUUUUUGGGCUCUCACAUGAUGUUUUUGGGCUCUCACAUGAUGUUUUUGGGCUCUCACAUGAUGUUUUUGCAAGUGUAUUUCUUUUUUAUGUUCAGUGUCAAAAUCACACAAGAUCAGGGCUAGUUUUAGCUCUUCAAAAACAACUGGAAUGGAGUCUGUUCUACUCUACAUUCAAGUGGGGUCAGUCCCGCCCUUCAGGGUGCUUUUCAACAAGGUUGUCAAAAAGCAUUUGGCAUAUUAUGUAUGAAUAAAAUAUUAGGGAUGUAAAAUAUGCUACAAUACUUCAAACAUAUGUAAUGUAUACUGUGUGUAUAUUUGUGAAAAGGAAUAUUCUUACAUUUUUAUUAUUCUUACACCUUUCUCUGUGUGCAUUUAAAAUUCCCUUUUCAUUGCCUCUCAUUACCUUUCAAAUGACCAAUAUGCUAUGCUAUGUUGAACCAUCUACCCAGAAACCAGGCCAGCAUAGGGAUAGCCAAAGUCACAGUGAUAGGACAAAUCAGACUAGUUCAGUGAUGAUAUAUAUAUGUAUUUUAGUGACAGGACAAAUCAGAGAAGUGCAGCAAGUGGUUACUUAUCUAACAUCUCAGGCUAUUCUUUCCUCAGCUGUUCAUCACUCUUCCCUUCUCUUGCCCUUCACGUCUCUUUCGAGUUACGAUUCCUAAUUCCAUCUACUUUUCUCUAAUCAUCAUCUAUCUGAUUGUGACGAUCACACUCUCCCUGGCCUUCAUUCAGCUCGCAUCCCUGACUCCCUUUUCUCACUCCCACCAUUUCCCUCCCACUCUCCUACCCUUUUCUAACUCACCUCUCUUUGUGCCUUAUUACUCUCAAUUCCUCUCUUCAUCUCUCGCUCUCGCCCCCUCUUCCUCUCCUUCUCUGUCUGUGGGUGUGAGGGCGCUGUAUGCAUUAGGAGGGCAGUGAUAAUUUGAGAGGCUGAUAAUGGACUCUAGUUUAUCUCACAUAACAGUGCUCAACAGCAGAACACAGGAUUUGAGCUUUUUUCCUCCCUAGCAACCCUCCCUCUCUUCCUCCUUUUUUUUGUCACACACCAAAACGUGUAACCUAAAUAACCUGAUGUUUUAGAGUCAGUGUGCUGAUUCACUGCACCUUUUAUAGUCUCAGAUUUAUGUAAGUAAGUUUUGGAAAGUCAAGGCUUUAUUUGUUACUAGACUUUGCAUUGUAGUUUAUAAUAAUUCCCUGAGUGACCUGUGAGAAUCUGUGUAGUGCUGGAGUAACCUGGUAGAGUCUGCACCUAUAGGUUGCUAUUUGGGACUUAACCUAAAUCAGCUGUUUCAAACUCCAGGCACGGGAUCUACUGUAUAUUAGCCCCACAAGAUGCUUUCUUGUGUUCCCCAGAUUAAUAUCUCAUUUGAGUUUGAGGUCUAAAUGGAUUCCCCUCUUUUACCAGCCUCUCCCCCACUUGGCUGUUUACUAAACAUGCUUAAUUAAUGCAAUUUAAGAUGAGUUAACGCACACUCACACACUCAUACCUCAACUUAUUUUACCUCUCACCGUUCUGUCACAGUACAUGGGAUUGGGUAUGUAAAAUAUGAUCCAUAACUUUUUUCUUGAUAUACAGUAUGGAUGGACAUGUUAUUGAUGUUACAAUGGACCAUUCACAAACCUUACCAGCUAUAUGUGUACUGAGUGAUAUAAUAUAUUUCUUCUUUCACUUUUUGUUGAUUCCAUUUUUUUCUCUCAAAACAAUACCCCUUACCUACUUUCAGCAUGUGACCUCACUGUAAAUAAUAAGAAAUUAAUAUGUAGAUUAUUUGAAAUUCAUGAAACAUUUAAGAUAGGGUAUGCAGUACCUACAGAGACCCUAUUGUGAGAGACUGUCUGCAUCCCAAAUGGUACCGUAUUCCCUAUAUAGUGCACAUGGGGUUCUGUUCAAAAGUAGUACACUACAUAGGGAAUAUGGUGCCAUUUGGGACCGACACACUAUGUUAGUUCCAGUUUUCAGAUCAUCAUUCUUGAGAAAAUUAUAUCGUAUAAAAUCUUUUUAUUAUUAUUAUUAUUAUCUUAACUUUUUGUAACUAUUUGAUUUGAUUUAGAUACUCAACAAAAAAAUGAAGUAUUCAGCUAAUAGAUUAUGCAAUGAUUUAAGUGCUCUUUUUGUUUUUGGAAACUGACAUUGUUACUUAGCUGCUGUUUGUAUAAAAAAACGAAUAAGUGAAAGUAGACAUUUUGAAAUUGACUUCGUAAACAACAUAUACACAAAAGAUAACGUGAAUAAAAGUUGGACCAAUUUACGUUUACAAUGUUGCACUUCUAAAGUUUUGUAGUUUGCUCAAGUGUUUUGUAUAAUUAGUUUUGACUGUAAAGAUUUGACAGAAAACUGCUUAUCCUCAAACAUAAACAAGUGUUUGGGCCUGUUACAUUUCUUAAUUUAUGUAUGGAAAGUCAAAUGUAUUUUGAUAUUUGUCUGAGAUUUGCCAUAAAAGUACAAUGAGAUUUGUUUAUGAAUUACAAAUGAUCUACAGUGGGGUCCGGAAUUAUUGGAUCUCUUAAUAAAGAUAAGUUUCUUUGAAUAAAGUAUGCUCAAUAAA